AAAAUCUAAGACUAGUGUUUUCAGUUAAAUUGCUCAAAUGCGAAGUAAAAUAAAAAUAUUAUUAGUACGCCAUCCAAGUUUUACGUUACUGGUUGCCGGAGGAAUGUAUGUGCGCUAGUGUACAAUUUAUAAAGUUGUAUAUAUUUAAUUACGGUAUAAUAAAGCAUGCGGGGGGCGAGGCGGCGCGGCGCGCUCUCAUAUUCCGUAUAUUGAUUGUGUGCGAGGGGGCCGGGGCAAGGAGGGGGCCACGGCGUGCCCCACUCUGUUUUUUACGACACGGCUUUCUGUGUAACAUAAUAAGUAUUUAAAAUUUUUGUGAAAUGUUUCGGUGUUAUUUGUGAAAAUUCGGGAAGUCGGAAAAGCGUAAAUAAGAUGCAGGGGAUGGUGAGCGACAAGACGUUCCACCUCAAGUGGAACAACCACCUGCAGAACCUGAGCCAACUGUUCACGACCAUCUACUCGUCCUCUGCGCUCGCAGACGUCACGCUCUCCUGCCGCGAUGGGACCCUCAAGGCUCACAAGCUCGUCCUGUCCGCUUGCAGCCCUUAUUUCGAACAAAUAUUUAAGGACAACCCAUGUCAGCAUCCGAUUGUUAUACUCAAAGGAAUACCAUUCUCGGAGAUCAACCUCCUCGUGGAAUUCAUGUACAAAGGUUCCGUUGAUGUACAAGAACUGGAUCUCCAGUCUUUGAUGCAUACUGCAUCGGAGCUGGAGAUUAGAGGUCUGGCUUAUGAAGCCCGAGAUAAUGCAGCGCAGCUACUAAACGUCAACUUGGAGUACCCAUCAUACUCACAGACUGUCACCGCAGUACCUACACAACAAACAUACACACAAGCACGCACAGAUGUGGAAAGGCUUAAACAGAUACAUCUGUAUCAGCAGUCAAUGAUGCGAGCGGAAGAGAUGCGCCGGCGGCGGCGGGAAGACACGCCGGGCACAAACACCGCCGUCAACAACAUACUGGCCGCUGCUGCCAGGGAGAUGGAGGAGGCCAGGCAAGCGGCCAGGAACAACGAGCGUGUGGUGGCCAGUAUUCAGACUGAGCAAGAAGGGAGCACGGCGACAGAAUCAAAGCGUGAAUCUGAAGAGGAUCGGCCCAAGAAGCGUGUGUCCAUUCUGUCGCCUGAUGACGACAAGCUCAGAGCCAAAAAGAAGAUGACUGUGCGCUUUCAAGAAGACAGUAAAACUGAAGAACGCCCCAACAAGAUCACAUCACCGGGCGCUGGUAUAGAGACGAGGAAUGAGCUGGAGACAAAGCAGGGCGGCAUCAAAGUGGUGCAGCUUGCCGUGCUGCAGAAACCUACCAACAAUGAACAUGAUGACUCCGAUGAGAAAGCGGGUAAAAUGGGUAUGGAGGAUGACGAGGAGACGGAUUCCAGUGGGUCCAUUUCGGACUCCGCUGCUAAUGACUCGCAGGACGGUCGGCCGCACGUCUGCGAUAUCUGUGACCUAAGGUUCCAGCGUUCGUCUCACCUGUCGCGGCAUCGACUGACGCACACGGGAGAGCGACCCUUCACCUGCGGCGGCUGCGGACGAUCCUUCGCCCGCUCCGACAAGCUGCGUGUGCACACCAAGAUCUGCGAGCGGGAGGACCCAACAGUAGACAUGACCAACGAGAUACCAAACAUAAAGCGCGAGAACAACUCCGAGGUAAUGUCAGGCAUGGUGCGCACCACUCACCGAGAGUCCGGACAUCUGGUGUUCACACCCAGCGGGGACGUGAUGCUGCCGCCCCACGCGCACUCCGCGCCCCACACUGCCCCGCACUCCGCCCCACACUCUGCCCCACACUCCGCCCCGCGCGAUGACCUCGAGCCCCCGCGUCGCGGUCGCGGCAGACCCCGCAAGACCCCGCUGCCCCUCACACCCAAGAUAAAGAAACGACGCGGACGACCCCCCAAGACAUCGCUCGAUAUGGAAGGUUGUGUGCUGACUGGUGGCACUGUACUAGGUCCCAGUCCUCAACAGAUGCCGCAGCUCGCGGCACCCCAGCAGCUGCUGCUGAAGAAGAAGCGCGGUAGGCCGCCCAAGAACUACCUCCUGCCGCAAGGAGGUAUGGAUAUGGCAAUACCGAUGCAGUACGGACUAGCCGCAGAAAUGAGCAAGUUUUAUGGGAGACCAAAUGAGAAUUACAACGCUACAAAUCUACCAUUCGGAGACUUCUCCUAUCUCACUGAGAUGAUGUACAACCCUCUGGCAUACUCUUACGGAGUGACAAGUGUGGACCCUGACAGGAAUGUUGAUGCAGACCAGAGCGUCAACACGGAGACAUCGCACGACAGGACCAUUGACGUGUCUGACUCCUCAUCAGAUGACGAGGACAGCUCCAGAGUGGAACCGGAGGAGAACGUACCCGCCGUCGCCAUGGAAACGCAGAUAAUGACAGUAGGUGACUGUCAGAUUGUCAAACUACCCCCCAAUAAUGAGGAGAAGGAGGAUAAAAUGGAUAAUGGACAGCAGGAGGUGAAUGUAUCCACUUCCACCCCCAGCUCGGUGACAAUCACCCCCAUCACCACUGUGGGUGAUUGCACCAUACGACCUGUAGAGAACACAUAAUAUGUACCAAUACUCCUGAUCUACCCAAUUGUAAGGCCGAGCGGUAAGUAAAUGUACGAAAUUAUAUAUCAUCCUU